GUUUCAUAAAAUGAAGCACCUCCUAGUCUUUUCUACUAUCUUGGCUCUCGUCGUUGCCAAGGAAUUCAAGAGUCACAUGACUGAAAUGUGCAAACCCCAAGUAUCCAGGCAAGAUCUUUUCGAUAUAGCCGUGACCGCUGGCGCUAAGGUCCUCAUUCGGCAGUUGGAAGGUUUAAACGAGGAACUGCCGAUCCCUUCAUCUCUGAUAGUUCAGAUAACCACCAUGUUCGCCAAGUACCUUCUGUCCGGGAAGAGCAUAGAGUUUAUCCUGAGAUUGCUCUACGUAGCAUGCCGUCUAAACAAACCGUUGGCCAUUGAAGCGAAAAGCCAAAAACCCGUCCGUACAGCCUACCUAUGCUUGUGGGAGAUGGGUAAGGAAAAGUGCUAUUCAUACAAGGGCAAGGAGGAAGGUGACUUUUCUGUAGAGACCGGCGGCAUGUAGAUUAAAAAUAUAUGAAUAUAAAUUGAAUAUGAAUAUAAAUAUGAAAUAUAUGUUUAUACUUAAAGCUAACCAAAUGCGUUCACAGACUUCUUCAUAAAAUAGUUAUAGUUAAAGUUUAAUAUCUAAGAAUAGGCUUAAAAUUUAAUGCUUCUUUGCAUAAAACUAACCCUGCCCGUUUCAUUCUUGCUAUGCGCACUCAGCAAAUUAAAAAGUGCAAUGUGCUGGCAGGAU